AUGAGCAAUAAAAAGUAAGACUAGCCCUUGGCAAAUGCUUAGAAUAGAUAGAGAGGUGAUUAAAAAUAAAUCUCGUUUUUUAAAUCCAAACUGUCUGGAUUGUCACCUUUGAAUAAAUUCAGCCCUUUCAAGGAAUCAAGCACUUAUUAGCUAUUCAAUAAGAAUUAUGCCUCUGUUGAUUUCACAUAACAAAAACAGCCCUUAUUCAAAUCAAUUAAAUAAAGAUCUAAGCAAAAAGAACUGUCAUCUUUUGAUUCCUAGAGAAGUCCUCAUAAAUCUCCCAACACUAGCAAUUACUCCUCAAGACAAACUACUUAGAAGAAAGACUAUACCUCAAGAAUAUAGUAAGUAAAGAGAUAGGAAUAGUAAGUGAAUUAUAGUAAUUUUAGGAAAAUACCAUAUGAUUCACUGAAAUCUUAGAACAUCUACAUAGAGAGUUAAAAAUCCAUAUCUUAAGCAUUGAAACAAUAUCAGAAGCCAGAAGAUAUGAAAUUGAUUUUGGGAUUAAAAAGCUUAAUAAGAAAAGAGAAAUAGGUGAUCUUGAACGAUGUGGACUAAGUGAUCAAACAAACCGAUAAAUAUCAAUCCAAAAUCACAGAAAUAACGAAUGACCAGGAGGAGUUGAAGAAACAAUAUCAAAAAAUGACUCAAGAUGAACAUUAAAGUAUAGAGAUAUAUGGGGAAACCAUUUCUAAAUACAACAAAGCCAUAUAAUUAUUACAUGAAUUAUAAAUUGAUUACGAUUCACUGUUACCAGAAUUAUAGAAUGAUUAAACUGAAGAGUCCUUAAAAAAUGUGUAAUAAGAGGAGAACAAGGAUGAAACAAUAUUACUUCAAUAGUUUAUCAUAAAAAAACUAGUUAAUAAAAUAGAAGAAUCCAAAUCACUCAAUCAAUAACUAAUUUCAAAGAUCAAAUAAUGA